AUGGGAAGCAAAGCUGUUGUCUCAGUCUACUUAAUUAUUUCACUGUGUGCUGCCAUCUUUGUCACUCGUGGAGUAGCUCAAAUGCAAAAUCCUCAGGCGAUUCCAGGACUUUUUCCACCUGGCUUAGUACCUAUUGAUCUCGUCAAAUGUUGGUCGUCUCUCUUUACCGUCCAAGGAUGUGUCCUGGCAAUCUCCAACUCUUUUUUUUCUGGAAAAUUUGAAAACGUUGAAGCGGCAUGCUGCAAGGUGUUUUCAACUUUAGAUGCAAACUGUUGGCCUCAUAUGUUUCCUUUGAAUCCUUUCUUCCCUCCUCUCCUCAAGGACAAUUGUGCGCGUAUCACCCCUAACUCCCCUGCACACAACUGAAAGGAACAAUGAUUGUUCGUCUACAGUUUUAGACUAGUAUAUUAGCUUCAAUGUCUAAGUUUUUCAUGUGUGAACUCAAUUAUUAG